GUGAGUUUUGUUUGAAGUUGAUUGCUGCCUGGAACUGCCCUACAAGCUGCAAAAGUCGCCAGUCCUUUGAUUUAAACAGUAUUUUUUUCACUUUCAUUCACAGCGUUUUGUAUAUCUAUGCAUCGGAGAGACGAUGUUAGGCCAUCAUUAUCAAAAUGUGGACAAGUCGCAACAACUGGUCAACUAUGUGGAGGAUUAUCUGGAAUGUGUGGAGUCCCUGCCUUUGGACAUACAAAGAAAUGUUUCUCUGCUUCGAGAAAUUGAUGCAAAGUAUCAAGAGGUGCUGAAGGAGGUGGACGAGGUGUUUGAAAAGUACAAAGCGGAGCAAGACUUGGCUCAAAGGAAGCGCCUGCAGAUCCAGCUGCAGAGAGCCCUCAUCAUCAGCCAGGAGCUGGGCGAUGAGAAGAUUCACGUGGUGACCCAGAUGACUGAGCUGGUGGAGAAUCGUUCCCGUCAAAUGGACUCUCACUCCCUCUCCCUCCAGGAGCCCGGCGAAGCCGAGCGCGUCACCGUGGAGCGGCCUAGCAGCGUCCAGGAGUGCCCCCUCCCCGAGCGCACCUCCACCCGCCGCCCACGUCGCCAACGCAACAGCGAGAGCCGUGACUCCACCCACCCCUCUGCCAACGGCUCACUGGUGGAUGACUCUGUGGACGAGCUGUCCCUUCCCCCUCUGCGAGAAAAGAAGUCCAAGUCGUCAAAGAAGAAGAAGCGCAAGGCCAAACAGGAACGAGAUGCCUCGCCCGUCGAUUUCGCCAUCGACCCCAACGAGCCCACCUACUGCCUGUGUGAGCAGGUGUCGUAUGGCGAGAUGAUCGGCUGCGACAACGAGCAGUGUCCCAUCGAGUGGUUCCACUUCUCCUGCGUGGGACUCACGUACAAGCCCAAGGGCAAGUGGUACUGUCCCAAAUGCAGAGGGGACAAUGAAAAGACAAUGGACAAGAACCUGGACAAAAACAAAAAAGACCGCAGGUCCAGGUAGUGACUCGCCCGAGGAUCAGAGCGUCAGCUGGAGUGGAGAAACGUACUUGUGAUGAUUUGAAAGCACAAUUGAAAAUGUUUAAUAAUCAGCAGCACCUAAAAAUAAUCCUGGACUAAUUCAGAUAGAAUUUGUCCAAAUAUUCCCCCUGGCUGCUGCUGCUGCUGCUGCUGGUGGCUCCAGAUGGUUCCACUUCGAUAUUUUCUACCCAACAAAACAGUUUGACCACUCAUUCUCAUUUUGGACUAGACAUAGUUCAGCUAAUGCUUGUUAUUUCUGGUUAUUCUGGCCAAAGUUAUUCUUUCUUUGUUUAAACUUUCUUUCAAACCAAGUCUUAGACUUGAAUGAAUUUGUGUCUGAAUGUCUUCAGUAGAAAACAACAGAAUAUGUUUAGAAAAUAUAUUUAAUUCGGGAGAGGGUUGAUCACACAUUGAAUAAAUGAUCUA